ACUGAACUUCGCACAGAGAGAGAGCACACUCACAACAGAUUAAGAGCUCUCCAGAGGGUGAAAUCUGGUUACAUCCGCAAGCAGAAUGGAAGCUGGAUGUUACAUUACUAUAUUAAUGCUGGUUUUACUUCAAGGAACCUUGGCUGUGAAAUACCAACAUGAACAGCUCUCGGUCUUCAUGGCUCAGGACAGCAGCCCCGAUAAACAGUUUGACCUGGAGGAUGACGGAGAUGAGGUUUUAUACAUGGAUUUCAACCUGAAGAAGGAGGUGGCCCGGAUCCCUGAGUUUAACAAUCAUGUCAUGCAGGGAGGAGAGGCGGGGAUCUCAGCCAAUAUCGCCAUCAUGAAACAGAAUUUAAAUGUUUGGAAGAACCUGUCCCGCGGCUCCCCGGAACCGAAAUGUAAGUAAC